GAAACGGAGACGGCAACGGCGUUCCCCGCCUCCUUAAACAGUUAAACCUACCCAAAUCCCCAAAUUCCGCCGCCGCCUCCUCCUCCUCCUCUCGCCGCCGGCGAGAACCACGGCGAGGUGACCAACCAACCCCAACCCCCAUCGCGCCCCCCGCCACUGCCUCUUCUCCCCCCGCCCGCCCGGGAUUCCGUCCAUGGACCGGCCGAGGAGGCCGGGGAGCGACCGCCGGUACCCUCCGCUGCGGUUCAGGAAGCGGAAGAGGAGCAGCAGCGACAGUAGAAGCAGCAAGCUCAACAACAAGCCAGGGUCUGAUAAGUGGGAGGAUGUCUGUUCAAUUUGUGAUGAUGGUGGUGAUUUUCUUUGCUGUGAGGGCAGAUGUUUGAGGUCUUUCCACGCAACAGAGAAACACAUUACAGAAAUAAACCAGUGCACAACCCUUGGGCUAACUGAAGAACAAUGGAAGAUCUUUAGGCAAAAUGAUGAAAAGAGUGAACCGCUAUAUAUAUGCAAGAACUGUAAGUAUAAUCAGCAUCAGUGUUUCUCGUGUGGAUUGCUGGGUUCUUCAGACUUGUCAUCAGGGGCUGAGCAGGUAUUCCAAUGUGAAGAUGAAAAAUGUGGACACUUUUACCAUCCGAAGUGUCUAGCUAGACUACUCUACCCUGAUAGCAGUAUGCAGCCCUUAAAUUUUGAGGAGGAAGUUGCCCGUGGACUGAAAUUCCUUUGUCCGGUGCAUAAAUGCCAUGUAUGCAAGGGAGGAGAGAACAAGAAUGACAUGGAAAAUCAAUUUGCAGUAUGCAGACGCUGUCCAACUGUAUACCACAGGAAGUGCUUACCAAGUGACAUAGUCUUUGAAGAUGAUGAAAGUAAUGGUAUCGUGCAAAGGGCGUGGGAUGACGUACUUCGUGAUCAAAUUUUGAUCUACUGCAUGAAGCAUGAGAUUGAUCCAGAACUGGGAACUCCCGCGAGGAACCACAUUAUCUUUCCUGAUUGCAAAAACCUUUUAACACGUGGUCCUUCGAAGCCCAAAGGGCAAGAAGACGCACCCGCAGUACUAGAUAUACCUGAAGAAGACAUGUCGCCUGAUCAUUCCUCCGAACCAUCCCAGCCGCCUCCACAGCCGGCAGCUGAAACUGAUCAAACUGACCAGGAUCUUUCCAAUGGUUUCAAUUCGUUUGCGCCGAAGGCCUUGUUCCCACUUCCAUAUCCAGGCUCCUGUGGUUGGCUUGAUGACUGACCAUCCAACCUCACUCAUCUAGAUAAAUCCUAACACAUAUAUACGCCAGCAGAUUGGUGUAAUUCCUGCUAGAACACUUUGUUCGGAAAUUGGGAAGUUAGAAUGUGCAACGCAAUCUACUCUGUUGAACUGUCACGUGCUAAGCCACUUGUGUGUAUUGUUAUCAUUAUUAUGUUAUUAUUUUAAUGGAAGAUAACAUUGCGGUUGACCAGU